UUCCGUGUUGGGUCAGGGCCCAGAGUCAGAACACCAUACGAUACGAGCCAAUCUCACCAGGAAAAAGCCUGCAAUGACUCAGUGGAUAGUCAUUAGAAAACAAACGAAUUGUUGGGCCUAAAGGAGAUUCCAAUCGGCUCAAAUAAGCUGGAUAAAAUCGCAUAUUAUAAUCAGCGAAAAUGAGAAAAAUUUCCCCAAAUUGAUUAAUUAAUUGAGGGAAAAAAAAUGAUUUGUUCUUCCGCCUUGAACGUCCCCAACCUCCGGCAACCGCCGUCCUCCUCCUCCGGCGCCGAACCAAAUCCCAACCGCUCUGCCGCUUCCGUACCUAACUCUCUACCUCUUCCCGCCACUGGUUCCCUCCCUGAAUCUGACUCCAACUCCCUGUCCAGAAAACUCCGUGGCAGUGCUCAGCUCAACCGCUGGUCUCGGGCUCGAGCAAUUCGUUCCGGCCGCAAAUUGGAACGGCCGGGCCAUCGAGCUCAGGUCCUCGACCGAGUCGACUCAUCCGAUCAGCUCAACGACCAAGAAUCACUCGAAUUCGGCGCCGAGAGGAAGAAGAACAGAGGAGAAGAUGAUGACAACUACGACGAGGUCGCCACCGGGAAAUCGAUUUACAUGGUCUCUGAUGGAACUGGUUGGACAGCGGAGCACUCCGUCAAUACCGCGCUUGGCCAGUUCGAGUACUGCUUGGUCGAUCGUGCCUGUUCCGUCAAUACUCAUCUCUUCUCCGGGAUAGACGAUGUGGAUCGGCUGAUGGAGAUCGUGAAGCAAGCAGCGAAAGAAGGCGCGCUAGUGAUCUACACUCUAGCAGAUCCAUCCAUGGCGGAAUCGGUAAGAAAAGCCUGCGAGAUUUGGGGGAUUCCUUCAACGGACAUCUUGGGCCCAAUCACGGAGGCGAUCUCUUCUCACAUCGGCGUCUCUCCGUCGGGAAUUCCACGUGGAGCCGCUGGGGGGAACGUUCCUUUGUCGGAGGAAUACUUCCAGCGGAUUGAGGCCGUGGAAUUCACCAUCAAGCAAGACGACGGGAAUCUUCCAAAGAACUUGAGGAAAGCCGAUAUAGUCCUCGUCGGGGUUUCCCGUACGGGGAAAACUCCACUGUCGAUAUACUUGGCUCAGAAAGGUUACAAAGUAGCUAAUGUACCCAUCGUUAAUGGGGUUGAUUUGCCUAGGACCUUGUUUGAAGUGGAUCCCGAGAAGGUGUUUGCGCUGACGAUUAACCAGCAUGUUCUGCAAGCGAUUCGCAGAGCUAGAGCGAAGACUCUGGGAUUUAGCGACGAAUCGAGGAGUAAUUAUGCCGAGAUGGAUCAUGUGAGGGAGGAAUUGGAGUAUGCUGGCAAGGUUUUUGGUCAGAAUCCUGCUUGGCCAGUGAUUGAAGUGACAGAGAGGGCAAUUGAAGAAACUGCUGCUGUUGUUUUGAGGCUCUACCAUGACAGGAAGAACAGAUGCUUGAUGCCGAGGAUUUCCAAGCGUUACUAGGGUUCAGAGUUUGGUCACUUCCUCGUUCAUACAAUGUUUACUUUACAGAAGAAAGUUAGUUGCUUGGCCUGUGAAUGAAUAUAUGAAAGACCAUUCUGCUCAUAGAAAUAAUAUGAUGGCUCUUUGUGGUACCUUCAUUCCCUUGGUCUGACUACUGCAACUAACAACUAGCUACAUUGCCCACUUCUUCUAGCUUCCCUGCCAAGCUCUAGGCGUUUAAUAUCGUGAAUACUGAAUCGCAACUAGGAUCGGAGUUCGCCUCACUCCACAGUAAACAGCCACAUACACUCAUAUAUAUUCAUACAAUGUUACAUUGGAUGGAAGAAAGUUAGAUCCUUGGC